CUUACUCAUCAUGAGCCAUUCGCAGUAAGAGGGGUUUAAAAACGCUUUACCGGAUCUUGCGAAAACACUUCGACCUAAUUCUGAUUGGACCAUAUCCCACUGUUUCCCUCUCUCAGGCUUUGACGGGUGGCCACGGAUUUGCUCGAAUUUACGCAAACGCUUUAGUGAAGAUGAAGAAAUGGAUUUUAUUAAACUGCUCGGGACUGUUCUCGCCGUUUUCUGCCACCCAGGAUUCACCAAAUUGGAACUCAAUGGUGAGUGUUUACAAGGAAAAAAUGUCAAACUUGUCAAAGCCCGUUGUCAAAAAGUAACGGUAUGAUUAACCAAAGUUAUCUAAUGCAUGACAAUAUUGCGCCCUGUUGAUUGUGCGAAGAAAAAAAAAUUGUUCUGUAGUGCCCAACGAAAGAAGAAAGAUUUUGUACCACUCAAAUGUUUAAAUAGAACAUUCAAACGUCACUCAAAGUCGGGUGCUUUUGUAGGCUAGAUGGCAAAAACAGUCACUGCGAUAUUUCACUUCAAUAGGCUUAUACAUUGCCCAGAGCAGGCUUUUUGGUUUGGUUUGUGUGUCGGAAACCAAUGAUUAGUUUUGAGAUGGGAUAUUGUGCUCGCAAGUAGGCUACAGAUUUAGAAGACCAAUGUGGUAUGUAAUGGCCUAAAGGUAGUGAAAAAUCAAGAUGGGUCAUAUUACUUGAAAGAUUAAUCACUGUAGUUUGCAACAUUAUUAAUAAAGGCCCUAAUAAUAGAGAAAAUAAGACAGUAAUAAUACAUCAAUAAUAACAUGCAGCCUAUUCAUAGUGUUACAUGCAAGCACUUAUGAAAAACAAUAAAACAUUUCUUAAGCUUAUGGCAAUAGGCGUACAUAAAAUCAAGAGAUCUUGCAUAUAGGCCUAUUAUCAUGUAAUUGAUGUAGGCUAAUAUGUGUGCCAUAUGUCCUCACAGCUUACAUAACAACUUGCAAUGUUAUUCCAAUUAAUUACCAUUCUGAUUUGCCAUUCUUGAUUAGCCAUGAUUAGAUUUUCAAUUUUGCAAUUGAAUUAGCAAUUUCAUUUGCAUUCUUGAUUAGCAAUAUCUUGUUUUCCAAUGCGAUGCACUGUAGGCCAGAGGAUCUGCCGGCGUGGAACAGAGCGACCCUGCUACAGGAUCAACUACUUCCAGGACUCACGGCGGAGGGCGACCUUCGAUGAUGCCAGGCAGGCCUGCAGGACAGAUGGGGGAGAGCUCCUCAGUAUCGAGACUGACAAUGAGCAGCGCCUGGUGGAGAGGUUCAUCCAACAGUUGCAGGCCACUGAUGGGGACUUCUGGAUCGGGCUGCACAGAAGCCCACGCCACCGGGUGACUACCAUAGGCUGCCCUUCGCAGUACUACUGGCUGGAUGGCAGCAAGGCCAGAUUCAGGUGUACUUGUGUUUUACUUUGGUUUCAAGUCUCCCUGUAGCAAAAAGUCUAGGAGAUCCCUGCAGCUGUUGGCAUGCACACCACAGGAAAAUACAGAGCCAUAUAGAUACCUCACAUGACACACAGUAGUCUGAGAGUCAUCAAAGAGCAUCAUGAUGAACAUAUGUUGGUGUCUACAUGCUUUGAGGGUCAUUGCAUAUUUCAUCUGUAAAAUUUUAAUUAUCAUGAAUGUUGUGGUAUAGGCAGUGUUGAGGAAGCUAUUCUGGAAAUAUCGUUUACCAAUUACUUCACACUGGAAGAAGUAAGCUACAUUAAAGCUAUCCUUACAAAAUAUAGUUUACUUAACUAUAGUUACUUUGAAAAAGUAGUUUACUACAUCCAAACUACUUUGUGAAAAAUUAUCAUAUGUAAAUCUGUAAUGUCAUAGACAAGAAAUUGCAAGAACAGAUCACUGUAGUCAGAUGUUAACAGAAUGUGUAAUUUAUCCUAUUAGUCACAAAAUAAAAUCUUUCAAGUGAGAAUUAGGCAGGUCUGAGGCCAAAAAAGAAAGGAAAUUAUUGCCUAUUUCACCGAUAUUUUCUUUUCUUUUACAAAAAGAGUAGUGUGUAGUUCCAGUAGUUAGCUACACCACUACAUGGCAAAAAAGUAAUUAACUACUGAAAACACUACCUUGAUUUGAAUUUAGUUCAGCCACCAAACUACUGCAAAAUGUAGUUAAAUUACUAGUUGAACUACAUGUAGUUCACUACUCCCUAACACUGGGUAUCAGUAGGAUGAGUGUCCAUUUUUAGAAGCAUGCUGUUGAUUAUCAGAGGAUCUCUGAUAGGGUUGUUGACCUAUGGAAAACACGCUCGUUGCAGAAACUGGCAUUGGGACGAGCCAUCAUGUGGCAACGAGAUGUGUGUGGUGCUGUAUCACCAGCCUUCUGCCCCCCCUGACGAAGGGGGGCACUUCAUGUUCAAGUGGAACGAUGACAACUGCAACACCAAGAACAAUUUUGUCUGCAAGUACUCUGAAGGUGAACUGUACCCUGAACACGUUCUGAGUAGGCAAACGCUGUGGAACAUUGCAGAUAGAAAUGUCAUGAAUAGAGCUGACAUGAUUCAUUAUUCUACAUGUCAGAGAGUUAUAUUUGUUCUACAUCAUGUUUUUCUAUCUGAACGUUCCACAACAUUGUGCCCUGCUGAACAUGGCCCCGGUGUCCUUGAUAGUGUCCAUAUUUAGACAUGAACAGAUUAAACCAGGGUUGUAUUCAAUAGACAGCAAACAGAAGGAAAGGGACCAAAACAGGGAGGGACUACCUGAAUUUGUCCAAUAAGAAUCUCUCGUUUUCAUUGAUGAAACGUUUUGUUACGGUUUGCAACAGGGUGCACUAAUGAAUUCGACCCAUGUUACAUUACAUUUAUCCAAUCUCAAUCCUGUAGUUUAUCUCCGCUGAAGGAGAUAAUAUUGUAUGGUAUGAUUUUGAUUAUAAACUGGGUGGUUCGAGCCCUGAAUGCUGAUUGGCUGACAGCCGUGGUAUAUCAGACCGUAUAUCACGGGAUGACAAAACAUAUAUUUGUACUGCUCUAAUUACGUUGGUAAUCAGUUUAUAAUCGCAAUAAGGCACCUCGGUUAAGGGCUGUAUCCAGGCACUCUGCGUUGCGUCGUGCAUAAGAACAGCCCUUAGCCGUGGUAUAUUGGCCAUAUACCACACCCACUUGGACCUUAUUGCUUAAUUGAAUACCAGCUUAUAAACAAGGAACCAUAGAAAAAAUUAUUCACAAUCAAAAUAGUCCAUAUUCAUUUGCAGCUGAUGAUUGUCUCUUUCUCUAUCUUACAGAAAAGUUGCCAGUGUUUACUGUGGCGUGGAAUUCAAUAUACACAGGUAAACCCACCCCUGUAGCUAAGAAAACAUUAUGACUCUAUGAUAUUUUAGAGUCCAUUGGACCACAAAACAUAUGGUUGGUGCAUAUGUUACGGUAAAUGUGGAAAAUCGGGAAAUCUAUACAUUUCCACACAUUUAGCCUACCAGUGUGACAGUCUGAUUUUACACAUUUGCCGUAAUACAUAGAUCAGUGAUUGAGUCCAUUCAAUAUAGGUAAAGGUCUGCAUAAAAAAAGAGAUCUAACGGUUAUUUUUGUCCAUCAAUUUAGUGAGUUAUAUCUUCCCCUUACCUUCUUUAAGGUUCAGCAAUUAGGCCUGGCUGUGUCCUAUAGUAAGUGAUGAUUUCACUAAGUUACACUUACAUAAAAGUGCUAUUUAUAAACAUUUUUUUGACAUUUUUAACAGAAACAUUUAGAUUUUCUAAGGUCAAAUAUGUGAAUCCUUGAGAUGAGUAAUUUGUUGAUACUGAGAUCAACAGCUUGAACAUUGUUAUGACAUCACCGUUCUCAAUCUCCGAAGUGUCUAUGAAUAGGAUGACAUCUAGAGGUCAAGAUUUAUGAAUCACAAUAUAAUAGAAUAUAAGACAAUAGAAUAGAAAAACGUUAUCAGAGUGCCAUUGAAUCAAUCCUCUUCCCAGACAAUAAAGGCUAUGCAUGACAAAUACUGUAUAGUACAGUUAUAGUUUACCAGUGAUGCUGCUUAAAAUGGUUGCUCUGAUUGAGUUUAUUCCUAGGAGUUUCUUUCUAGUAGGCUGCUAAUUUGCAUAAUUUGUACUUGUCUACCCAUUGCUGCAUCACACAUGCUCAAUCUUUCAUCUCUGAUGAAGACAAAUGUUGCUUAUUUUUAGUCUACAUAUCUAUUUGGACAAUAUGACGUUUUUGGAUAUCAACCGAACUUACAGUGUCUGUCUAUUUACAAGUUUUGUUCAUGAUCUAUUUUCCAGUUGCCCCAAUUAUAUCUCUAAUGCCAAACCUACCAUCAGCUACAGUGAGUGAUGAGAAGACAAAAAUAGGACUGUCUGAAUCAUCAGGUAAAAAAUCUGCACUCUUCAUGUCUAUCGAGUUUGAUCCUUGGUUAUGCAAUAUUGUACAUUGUGUGCCAAACACAAUAAGUAAUCUCCUCAUUUAUUUUCCAAAGUUGUUUCCAAAUGUAUUCAAAGUGAGGUGCCAACUUACUGCCAUUAGCCUGGUCCCAGAUCUGUUUGUGCUAUCAUGUCAGCUCCUUGUCAUUGACAAUGAGUGACAAGGAGUUGGCAUGAUAGCACAAACAGAUCUGGGACCAGGCUAUAAUGCCAUUGUCUUACCUCUGGUGUUUUGAUUCUCCCUGCAGUAUCUCUUUCAGAUAAUGCCCUAUUUGUCACCUACAUUCUAUUUGCCACUAUCCCUAUUAUACUGCUGCUGCUUGUGGCUACAGGAGUCUUCUGCUAUAAACGGGCCGUCAAAAGGUAAUACUUAUUUGCUUCAUUAAAUAAUAGCAUGGAAUAAUACAUUUCGUACUAUAGGCACCUUUCAAGGUCACCUAACAUUAUUUAAAAGUAUGUAAAAAAAAAUAAAAAAAUGACACAGAUAAGAGGGGCAAAACAGAGGAAGCUCACAAGAGGGCUUGCGAAACAUAAUCAACAUCAGACAUCACAGAGCAUAAGAUAGCCUUAAGAGAUGUUUUGUUUUGAGGUGGUUUUGAAUGCCGUAUAUGGCAAUGCUGGAGGUGUUUGUGGCUCACUACAUGCCUCUGUAACUGAUAGUGUAACUGUCUUUAUGCAGGAGAAAGUCUCAAACAGACAGCUACCCUGAGCAAGAGCAAUGGGGUACAAUGUCCACAGCGGCCUGCAACAUCCAAGUACCCUAUGCCUACCAGGACAUCACCAAGUUUCAACCAGCCAAUCUGCAGAGCAUGGCACCUGAAACAAUCAAGAAGAUGUCCUUCUGUGCCUCCUCCUCUUUUGAUUCCCAGUGUGAUGAUUACGAGAAUGUUUCAAACAAGGAGACAGUGACAGAUAGUGGCUUUGUGACCAAUGACAUCUAUGAGGCCUGCCAAGACCAGGGUCGGCACUAUCUCAACGAGACUGGAUGGGUGGAGAAUGAGAUCUAUGAGUAAUGUUGCUGUCCUGCAGUGCCUCUCUCUUUACCACAUGUCCACUGGGCCAUCUGGGCAUCUGACUGUUGUUGUCUCCAUUCAUCUUUCAUAUCUCCUGCUGGUGGGUUGUAUGGCAUCAUGUGACAUGAGACAGGAUGGACAGAUCCUGUGUGGUAUUAUAAAGUGUUCGCUUUAGGGUACGUCCAUUAACCGUACAAAGAAGCCCCAUUUGAGGCUUCCUGUGUGGAAGCUGAUGUCAGGGAACAGGACAAUAUCUUCGGAAGCUCGGAUGACAGAAGUCUGACCCCACGAUACCUCUGAGCAAUGGUCUCCCCCGCCUGCAAGAGAUGAUCCACCAAUUAUGUUUACCAAAGCCUCCACUGUAAUGACACCAAUUUGAGCUGGCUGGAUAUAGUCUUUAAUGUGCCUUGUCAUGGCUACACCAAAGUCCUGGUUGAAUAACAGUGUGUAGCAUUAGUUUAUUUGCCUAUUCCUAUGUCUUCAUCUGAUAAACAUUGUAGGAUAAUAGUGAAGACAUCAAAACUAUGAAAUAACACAUAUGGAAUCAUGUAG